AUGGUCUUUAACGAUGGCUCUCGCAUUUGGACGACGACGGUUGUGAUCUCUGUGCUGUGUCUCUGGCAGGUUUUGGCGCUUCCUUCGUCCUAUUCCGGCUCAAGAGACGCAGUGGAGAAGAGAGAUGGAGGAUACGACUUGCCCAUCCAAGUCAGGAGCAUUCCGAGGAAGUUGUCGAGAAGAGGAGAAGUCAGCGGGUCUAUUGGUUUGGGGAACAAUGCAGAUUUGCUUUACACAGUUCCAAUGAGGAUUGGCAAUACGGUCGCACCUCUGCACAUUGACACAGGGUCCAGUGACCUUUGGAUUGCCUCUGACCGCUGCACCACCAAUGCAUGCGCCAAUUCUCCCAUUCCCCGCUACCCCCGUUCCUCCAUGCGUUCAACCCAAACCGACGUCCAAAUGUUCUACGGAGACUCCACCACUGGUACCUUUGCCUUUGGUGAAGUAGCGCUAGACACGGCCACGAUUGCUGGCGUUGCGAUGGUAGACCAGCCGUUCGGAGUGGUGAAUGACACGGACAACCCUGUCGUGAUGUUUGGGACCUCGGGAAUCUUUGGUUUGGGAUUUCCGAGUGGAAGCAAGGUACAGUCUGCUUUGACGAAUACCAGGACAGGAUCUUUGUUCCCCACCGACGACCUGAUUGCUGCAACCUACACCGACGGGCCAUUGCUUUCUCGGAUAUCCAUGACUGGCGAACUCCAGAUGCCUAUGUUCACUGUGACGCUCCAACGAAGCACGAUCGAUAUCGAAGGCGAAGGUCUCCUCACGAUUGGCCGACUCCCGCCCGGGAUCGACAAUUCGACGCUUACCUGGGUCCCCAUCCGUCUCUACAAUGCUACCGAAGGUGGAAUGAGGCCUCCGAAUUUUGCACCCAACGAGGUGUAUCCAUUCCGCUGGGAGAUCGACAUUGACGGCGUUUAUCUCAAUGGUCGAAGACUUCCGGAUUCUACUAUUCCAGCUAGAAAUGGGAUGGACUCUAGGAGGAAUUCGGCACUGCUUGAUACGGGCAACUCGAUCCUCAGAGGACCUGAAGACGUAGUGAACAACAUCCUUACGACCGUUUCGCCCAAUUUCGAUCCCGACAAUGCCAAUUCCUUACCUUCGUUCCCCUGCCAAAUUCCUCAGACCCUCGCCUUUGAGAUUGGUGGCAAGAUGUUCCCCAUUGACCCAAGAGACUUCAUUGGCCAGAUCGAACCCAACAACGCACGAGACUGCGUAGCUGAUAACCUCGUUUCUACCGAUGCGCCUACCAUCUCGGCCUUGUAUAGGUGGAGUCUUGGUGCCCCCUUCUUCCGAUCCAACCUUGUCGCGUUCCAUUACGGCAACCUUACCCAUCCCAGCGUCGACCCGCCGCGGAUAGGCAUUCUUUCGAACGUGCCCGAUAACGCGAACGAGUUGCUCUUGCAAGCUGUCCGAGACGCGAGGAAUAAUGGAGGCAACUUUGAGCAAACCCUCGAACUACCGCCAACAGGCCACGUCGAGACUGAAGUUCCACGGACGGUCACACGCAUCCCACCAAGCGCGACAAGUGAAACCACGUAUACCCUUGCUUUGAGUGCUACGGACAUUGGGAAUGGAGGACGAGUUCCUCAGGCUACUGGUGGGCCUACCACUGGAUCUGAAAAUUCUGGUGCUUCGUCGAUUUCGAACUUUGUGGAUAGCCAAAGGACCUUGUUUUCUUUCGUUGUGCUUUUGGCUCUUUGGAGUUUGUAG